UUAUUGGAAAAGAUCACAAGCGAUCAUCUUCCCUAGUGAUUACGAAUUGCUGAUAUGUUGAUCUUGAUAUUUCCAGCCCUGAAAAGUGUCUUCGAAGUUAACAGUUUCACUACCUGUAAAAUUCAAGAAUUCAACUGCAGAAUCUUCGACAUAUAGACAUAGAAGCAUGCGUCAGGACUGCUGGCCCACCAUAAAUGAACGAUACAAAAACUACCAUCAAUAAUGGUAUUAGAGGACAAUAAAAUAUUCGAAGUGGAUUAGUGAUAACUAGGAGUAGAAGAGAAACCAAUAAAAUUACAAGAAUUAAAUGAGCGAUCGCAGAAACUUUGCCAUUUUUCGCCGACGAUAACCCAACGAAACGAGGACCUAGGCACUGCGAAAUCGAAUCUGGAAAUUAGGAUUCGUUGAUAAGAUAAGGCAACUAUUGGCAAGUAGUCAAUUCGACAGUGAAACUGUCGAAACCAGUCGGAGCCGAUAGCGGCGAAAAAUUUGCCACGACGAUUAGUUCGUGUCGUAGUAGAAAAAAGUGUUUGCCAUUAACCUAAUCAAGUUUGUCGUUAAAAUGUGGCAUCGAUUCUCGCCUACCAAUUCCAAUAAACUGUUAUUCGAACAUGGUAAUAAUAGCAAUAUUACUAGCAAUAAUAACAAUACCAUUACCACCUGUAAAAACUCCGGCAAGGCCAGUGCUGCCAUUGCCGCUGCCUUUUCUGCUGCUGUUAGUCCUUCCAUUGUUGCUACCACCUCAGCAGCGGCAACCACCACCACCACCACCACCAAUAAUAAAACCAAUAGCACCACCAAUAAAAAUACCACCAGCACCACUUCAAGUACCACCACUACCACCACCACCACCACAACCAUCACCAGUAGUAGCAAUAAGCCCAACAAAAUUUUAUCGAUCGAUAUGGAAAUUCGUAUACAACAUAAGUGUAUUUCAGCAUAGCGGAUCACUCUGGAGGGACCGGAACCCCCUUGGAUGCAAGGCCCCCUCAAGGUGGCUUUCCUGGGGGCCUCCGGCGUUGGACGCACCAGUAUACUGCAGCAAUUUUUCAAGCAUGACUUCCCGAAGAGUCACGUCCGCACCAGCCGGCGCACGGUCUACCGCAGCUGUCUGGUGUGCGACACCUGCAUCCGUGAGCUGAUGGUGAUCGAUGUGCCGCCGCAGAGGCGCUUUCCCGUCGACAAUCUCGCCGAGUGGAACAACGGCCAUCCGCUGGGGUUGCGAACGGUGCACACCUACGUGCUGGUGUAUGACAUGGGCAACCUUGACACGUUCCAGUACUGCCGCAGCAUCCGUGAUCAAAUCCUAGAGAGCUUUAGUCAUCGUGAUUUCAAAAUAAUGGUUGUGGGCAAUAAGGUUGAUUUGGUAACCGAAACCAUUCCGCAUACUCAGGAAUUAAAGGACAUUUCUACUUUGGUUCGGAAACACUGGCGCUGUGGUUACGUUGAAUGCUCGGCAAAAUUUAACUACAAAAUUGGAGACAUUUUCAAAGAACUGAUGGGCUACCCGGUGGGCGGUACCGCACAUAGGCUCGAGUUUCCCCAAGCGAUUAGAAGCAAAAACAAGUGUACAAUUCUUUAGUAGUGACUGUAACUGCUGGUCGGAACUUUCGACUGGUCUGCGGUCUGGUGUUUGAUAUUGAUAAUUGUGCAAAAUAUCUUAGCAUCGGAGAUGCUAGUUUGAGUGAGAGGCAACCGCAGGCGUGUGGGGGGAUGUUCAAAUCUUGCCGUGUUUGCAAGCGAAGCAGAACCCCUUUCGUAACACGAGCCCAAUCUGAUCUGAUCGUUCUCUAGUCGUAGUAAAAUGCGGCAGUUGAUGAAGUUGUAGAUUUAAGCGUGCAUUACAAAAAACCAUACAAUGUUGACUAUUGAUACUUUAGCAGUUUAUCAUGAGACUAAUUGACACGCUUUUGUGUCACUGGCAGACUGCGUAGAAUUAUACUCUUUGGCAACUAGGCAGCAGCAGCAGGACGAGAAGUGAACGGCAAGCAUUACCCAUUAAGACAAGCGAGACUGUCGAGAUUAGAAAAGUGAUAUCGAACUAACAUCAACCACUAACUGGCUAUAUCUGUGUAAGUGUUUGUAGAUAAGUUUAACCUACGAGGCAAAGAAAUACUGUACCAAUGGGUAGCUUGUUUCAUCCGUUUUCCUGACCGUGGUUCUGGAUAUAACUUCAUUAAACUACAGGAACAUAAUAAACUUUACCUCGUUUAACGGUACAAAUAUCAUGGUUCGUAGAAGGAUUCCAAACAAAAUCCUAGGAUUAUCAACGGAUGGUCCCGAGUGUACGUUUACAAUACACACGCACACGCGCACACACACCACCACAACCACCACCUCCGGAAGGGAUGAAGAGAUAUAUUUGAUGCAGAUUCACGAGUUUACCCAAAACAAAAGGUUCGUUCAUAGAAUGUCAAAAACACAGCUUUCGAGAACAAUGGAUUCUAUGUUUCUGGUGAAUGAACAGCGGCCAUCGAUUAUCCGCUGCUCAACCGCGGUCGGAAUGAGACUCGAUGGGCACUGGGGAGUUUAGAAUUUUGUUUAGAAUUUGCUCAAAAAAGGGUUUCACUCUCGAGAAAGGUCACGAUGUUCGAUAGAAACAUUUUCCCAGGCGUGGUUUCACAUUCGGUUGCCAUAAAUUAGAUUCUUGUAUGUUUCAUGAUAUAUGGGAAUGCCGUUGGCUUUGUUGAUCAAUAUAAUUUAAUUAUGUUGGUUCCCGGAAAGAAAUUCAUGAAUAUAAAUUUAAUCAUUUCUGGUGGAAUUUUUAGAUUCAAUGAAGUGAGACGAUAAAAAUUUCCUAGGAAAUAUGCUAGUAAAAUGUUUGAUGUGAAAAGCAUAGUUCUAGUUUCCUGUUUUUUUUAUUUCGAACUAGCUGAAUGACCCGGUGAUGCCCCGAAAUGUUUCGUAAAGGAAAGGCCGCAAAAAGAUUCUAAAAAUUGUCCUGCCUAUAGAAAUACUCUGAUUGUAUUGCAACAUGGCAACCCGAUUAAACAAUAAUCCGUACAUAUUCAGAUUGAGCACGGCAGUUUUCACGCCAUUCUCGUCAAAUCGGGUGACACGGAACGACCGAAAUUAGCAUUAGUUAAAAUUGAGAAUUUACUUUGCUUUGAAAUAACUCUUAUUUUUAGAGAAUGUGUUUAGUUGGUGAAUAUUCUGCACACAAACCAGCAAAAUUUCAAUCCAACAUGAAAUUCUCAUUGGCAACUAAUUUUGUAAUUAAAAUCAGAAAAUUUGACUCAAUCUAUCUGUCACCAUCACCGCUGAAAGACAGCAGAAAGAAAACAAAAAUGAAAUUGGUUUUAUUAACAAGUUUACUAGCGAAAAUCUUAUGAGAAGUGUCAAAGAAAAACAAUCCACUAAAAAGGACAGUCGUGUUUAAACUGCUUGCAAAUUGUUUUGAUGUUUUUCGCAUGUUACGAUUUAUCUAUAAAUAAAUUUCUAAACCGAUAUGUAAAAAUGACGUAAACUCUUAGUGGAAAGUGUAUUUAUUCAGAAUUUGUGCGCAUUUGAAGCGAUUGUGCGUUAUAAAGUUUUUAUGUGGAACAGUGAAGUGAGUUUCGAAUUUUGCACUCUAAUUGUAUAUGUGAAAUGGUGUUUUUUUUGUAUCUUUCAACCUUCCGGGCUACGCCGUCCGGUGUACUACUUGUAUUCGGUUUUUGUUUUUCGAGUGCUCAAAGUUGAGUGAGAGAGACGAUUUCGCGAAGUCGAAUGAAGAAAACAGCGAUUUAGAAGAAAAAAUUAUGUCUUUUUCUCCAAUACAACAUCGUAUUUAUACCUGCCAAUAUAGAAAAGACAACCGCGACUGAAAAAUUCUUUUCGGUAGUAGUGUGCCAUCUAGUGGCUAGUAGGCAAUACGGUGUUAACGUUUUUUCGGUGACAGUGCGUCAUAUAGCUGCAAAUUUCAGAAGCCAAUUCGACCAUUUGUAUUGGUUGAAAACAACGUUUUAUUUCUCUAAUUCAAUUAAAAACUAAAAGGACCAGCCCCAAGGGGUUGUUCGAGCCAUUGAUGUGGAACAAGGCAACCAAAAUUUCUAAUGAUCGACAUUUUCAAUUAAGCUUCUUUUCGCCAAGCUUGUGUUCAAGUUUUGUAUACUUACCUACCUAACAGCUAUAGGCCUGGGGUGUCCUUUGCUGUAUCAAGCAUACGUCUCCACAUAACUCGGUCCAUGGCUGCUCGUCGCCAGCCACUCAAGGCACGGAUGCUUCAGAAAUCACCCUCCACUUGAUCGAUCCACCUUGCUCGCUGCGCUCCUCUUCUUCUUGUACCAGUCGGAUUAGAUUCAAGAACCAUUUUCACUGGGCUGUCGUCCGACAUCCUUAUUUCGAAAACACUGAGGGCGCGUUGGUCCUCUGCCAGCAUAGUCCAGGACUCGUGGCCAUAGAGAACAACCGGUCUAAUUAGCGUUUUGUAGAUGGUAAAUUUCGAUGGUCAACCACCAACCAGGCAAUAUUGAACAAGAUACAAGAAAGUCCAUCACCUUGACGUAGCCCUCUCCGAGAUUCGAAGGGACUCGAGAGCGUCCCAGAUACUCGGACGUAGUAUCGUUGCUUUGACCAAUCGCGUCAGUUUAUCCGGGAAACCGUAUUCGUGCAUUAUCUGCCAUAGCUGUUCUCGAUCGAUUGUGUCGUAUGCCGCUUUGAAGUCAAUGAAUAGGUGAUGCGUGGGUACGUUGUAUUCACGACACUUCUGGAGUACUUGUCUUAUCGCGGAUAUGUGAUCCGUAGAGGCGCGGGCUACAGUAAAUCCCGUUUGGUAUGGUCCUACGAAUUCCUUAGCUAUUGGUAAUUGACGACGGCAAGGGAUUUGAGAGAGUACUUUGUAGGCGGCGUUCAGCAAUGUGAUUGCGCGGUAAUUGCAACAAUCUAGCUUAUCGCCCUUUUUAUAGACGGGACAUACUACUCCAUCCAUCCAUUCCUGCGGUAGAAUCUUCUCCUUCCAAAUCCUAGAAAUCAUCCAGUGCAGCGCUCUAGCCAGUGCCUCUCCUCCAUGUUUGAGCAGCUCGCCUGGCAACUGGUCAUUGCCCGCGGCUUUGUUGUUCCUCAGCUUGUCGAUCUCCUCAAUUAUCUCCGACAGAUCAGGGGCUGGGAAUCUGUCGUCGGCUGAGCGUGCACCCAGAUUGAUUCCUGUACCGUUCUCUGUAUCUUGUGCUUCGCCAUUCAGAUGCUCGUCAUAGUACUGCUUCCACCUGUCGAUCACCUCACUUUCGUUCCAUGUUCCAUCGCUUAAGUUUUGUAGGCAAAUAGUUAUUUUUAUAGCGUUUCUCUACCAUUACUACCAUUCUGCGAUUUCGGUUGAAGCGAUAAACUUUUUCUCAUUAUCAAUCGAGCUCAUCUUAUAUAAAUAAGAAAUUAUUCUUAUGCACUCAAAAUUUACCCUGGGGUAGUUGUCAAUCAGGCGAAACGACAUAACAUGGGAUUUCAUCCAAUCUUGCAUGACACAAGAUCAGGACAUAGCUAAUUGCUUCAAAUCGUUUUAUGGCACUUUCUGGCUUGCUGUCUAGCAACAACCUACCUCUAGCAAGCUACGUGUAGGACUGAAACGUUAGCUAUAAUUUUGCUUCUAUUUAUAGCUUCGCGUGCUUCUAACAGCUACGCUUUUGCAUCGUUUGACCAAUCAGAGCGCUGCUUGCCCUUUGAUAUCUCGCUUACUCCUUCAAAACCGUCGACUAUGGCAGGGAAAUCCGGUAUGCCGGAGAUUUUUUGCAGACAAAAUAGGACACUGCUAGCUAUUAACCAACAUUUCAAAGAUAUACAAUUAAAAAUACAUGGCUAUGAACAUUCAAAUCAAUAGGUAGAAAUAUUUCCAACCAAAUGGAGACAUGAUAUUAAUAAUUGAUACAAAACUGAUUGAACUGUAAUUGUUCAAAACCUGACCACAUUUCUACGUGGUCUAUUACUUGGGUUUCUAGUUUGCACUUCUAUAUAGAAAACAAAAAUGUGUUCCACAUUAAAAAUUCAAUGAAUGGAAAUGAAGUUUGCCUUAGCUAAGAAAUGACAGGUUCUGAAUUUAUUUUUGUAAUUCAGUUCCAGCUCCUACAUAAGCAUGAGAAAAAUAAAUUUUAGAGUUACAUAUGAUUAUCUCACACUUUUGAAAAUUUAAUCAUAAAUUUUUUUUUUUCAUAAAUACGUUUAUUUCUUAAGGCAGUUUACAUAAGUUUUUCUUCGCCGUAGCAUCACUUUUACAUAAUAUUCUUAUCCUAAUUUAAUUCUAACAUAGUCACAACGUUUUGCAUUUAUUAA